AUGAGCAAGAAAAAAAGCGAGAAAACUCGCCGAAGCAAAAAAAAUAGCGCCUCGGUCGAGAUAUUGACGCAACAAACUAGGAGGCUUAUAAAUGCCGUGAAGGACACUGUUCUACCUCUCCUGAGAGUGGGAUCAUCGGAUGAAGACGAUGCCAGGAUCGGCAAGAACCGGGUUCUAUUCGCUUUGAACCGAGCUGCAGAACAGGCAUUCAAACGCAGAUCAGUAUUCGGGACCUUGAAGCAAUUACAGGCUGAGGCUCGACAAGCUGAGGUCAUCGUUUCGGACAUCUUGAAAGAAGAGAAGUCCCAUGAAGCCAGUGAUCCCAGAGAGUCAUUGAUGGCGCCGAAAUGUGCGCUGUGCGGAGCUACCUGUGAAAAAUGUACCCUUGCUGCUACGACGAAGAGAGGUAAAGGAGAGCUCGAAAGUGAUUCUCAACCCCGAGGUAUAUCUUGGGGUACAGACAGUGUGAUGGAUUUCGAACCGUCGGAAGGCGAAGUCCCCGGUGCCGGUUUUUACCCCGAUCCGGAUUCGGACUCGGACUCCGACGAAGAGAGCGUUGAUUCAAGAUCUCCGGAUGUGGGCUCCAUUCGGACUGGUUUGGUCCGUCAGCGAAUAAAUGUUUGGAAUUGCUUCGUGAACUCCCCUCAGGGACACUUGUAG